CUGACGGCAUCAGUGUUACUCUGCAGCUGCUCUCUCUCUCUUCCUUUCUCUGUCUUCCUCCCUUUCUCUCCCAUUCUCUCUCUUUCUCAUACAGCCUCCAUCCUUCCCUCCCCUUCUCUCCUUUUCUCUUUCUUUCUCUCUCAGUCUCCACCCCCCCCCCCCUUCUCUCUCUCUCUCUCCCUGGUGUUUUGUCCAUCAGCGAGCGCUGGAGUGUUUAAUUUAGAGUUUCAUCCUGUGAGAAGCUGAUGUUUCCUCUGAGCCCUUCACCCAGCUGCUGACCGAGACGGAGAGAUAGCAGAAAAACAGAGGGAGAAAAACAGAGGAAGAGAAACAGAGAGUGGACAACAGAAGCAGCUUUUUAUUCUGCAGCUUCUUCUUCUUCAUCAGAAUCUGACAGGUGUCUGAAGAGAAGUGAGCAGCCUGAUGUAAGAGACAUCGCCCGGCGCAGCAGUGUGAGGGAGUGUGUGCGUGUGUGUGUGUGUGUGUGUGUGCCAGUCUGCAGCCAUGCCAGGCCUGAUCAACAAGGCGAAAUGCAGCGCCCUGCCGCUCAGCGUCUCUGACAUCACUUCCUGUGUCCGCGGGUACACCCUCGCCCUGACGGCCUCCAUGACUUACGAAAACAUCGAGGACCAUCCAAUCGAAGGUAUUUUUAUUUACCCCCUGGAGGAGGGAGCCGUGGUGGUGGGCUUCGAGGCGAUGAUAUCCAGUCAGAUCAUAACAGUUCAGAUUAAAGACAAGACCAAAAUCGAUGACUGUUACUUCGACUGCUGCACUGCCACCAACGGAGCUCCGCAGAACGGCAGCGGUCAGGUGCUGCUGGAUGAGGAUUUGGAGAGGAGGGUUCUGGUGGUGAACCUGGGGGUCAUUCCACCUUUAGAGACGGUUAAUGUUUUGGUCAGCACCUCCUCUGAGCUGCCCACCCUUCCCAACGGGGGCAUCAGGGUCACCUCGCCUCCCGUCUGCAGCCCGAGGGUCCAGCGCUCCAUUAAAGAGGAGCAGGCCUUCUCCCCAAACACCUGCCGGAGGAGAGAGAGACACCACCACGCUCUGGCUUCUCAUGAUCAGAUUUCCUCCAGCGGUCAGCUGUGUCUCGCCUGGAUCCUGCAGGAGGAGACCAUCAACUCCAUCGACUACCAGUUCAACUUCCAGCUGGAGAUCAGAGGCCCGUAUCUGCUGGCAGGAGUGGAGAGUCCGUCCCACGCUAUUCGGGCCGACGCCGACCCGUCAGCACGAUCCGCAACCAGCAUCGUCAUCACCCUCGCCGACAAAUACACCUACGACUGUCCUGUAGAGAUCAUCAUCUACCCUACUGAGCCGCAUCUUCCUCACGUGCUGGUAGAGGACGGGGAUAUGACGCUGGAGGAGUAUGAUGAGCAUCUGCAGGGCAGGAGCGACUUCAUAAAAGCCACCAAGAAAGACUCCAGCAACGAGAAGAAGGUGGACAUCAUCCAUAAACGUCUCCAUAAGGACAUCCUGCACAACCCGGUGGUGAUGCUGAACUUCUGCCCGGACCUGCAGUCCAUGACCUCUGACCUGCGGCGGGUCCAGGGAGAGUUUGUGUUCCUGAUCGACCGCAGCGGGAGUAUGAGCGGAGUCAACAUCAGCCGAGUGAAGGAUGCGAUGGUGGUGAUUCUGAAAAGCCUGUUUCCCGCCUGCAUGUUCAAUAUUAUCGGUUUCGGCUCCACCUUUAAAACUCUGUUCUCCAGCAGUCAGAGUUACGACGAGGAGAGUUUAUCCGCAGCGUGUGAGUAUAUGAGGAAGAUCAGGGCUGAUAUGGGCGGGACGAACCUCCUGGCGCCGCUGAACUGGAUCGUGAGGCAGCCGCUGCAGCGCGGUCAUCCCCGCCUGCUGUUCCUGCUCACGGACGGAGCCGUCAGCAACACCGGGAGAGUCAUCCAGCUCCUCCGCGCUCACGCUCGAUUCACCAGGUGCUUCGCGUUCGGGAUCGGGCAGGGCGUUUGCCGGCGGCUGAUCGAGGGGCUCUCGGCCGUUUCCAGAGGCAGCGCUGAGUUUCUGGCGGAGGGAGAGCGACUGCAGCCCAAGAUGAUUAGGUGUCUGAAGAAGUGCAUGGCUCCUGUUCUGAGUGAUAUCUCUAUCGAGUGGCUCUAUCCCGAGACGAAGGAGGUGCUGCUGUCUCCGGUCGGGACGACGUUCCUGUUCCCCGGGGACCGGCUGAUUGGAUACAGCGUGGUGUGCGACGCUACGAGAUACCACGCCAACCCCAAAUCUGAAAAGAGGAGGCGCUACAGUAUGAUGCACUCCAACGAGUCCUCCAGCUCCGUCUUCUACCACUCGCAGGAGGAGGACGGCGGGAGGAGAGACACGCCGGGUACCACCGUCUACGACCACGACAACCACCCCGAAUACCACGACUACCACAACUACCACUCAACCAUGAGCGAAAGCAGCCCCGUCACUGCAGAACACGAAACCACAGGGGUGGAUACGAGCAUGCGGAGACGAGCGUACAGCACCAAUCAGAUUGAAGACUAUAAUCCUCUGAAGAAGGUUUACACCCCCAGUGAUCCGAGCUCCGCCGUGGGGAAGAACCCGCUGAGGAGAGCUAAAGUCCAGGAGCUCGUUGGUCAGAUCAGCCCGGACCACGGAGCCCAGUGGAAGAUCAACUAUCAGCCUCAGCUGGCCAGUCUCUGCGCCUCCUCCUCCUCCAGAGGAGCUGCAGGAUCCGCGGGGCUCAGAGCUCCUCAGACUGAAGCUGCUGAACCAGAACAGACUGAACCCGGCCCGAACCAAUCCCGCGCCCCCAACAAAGAGAACGGAUCCAGAUCCUCCACCGACAGCCCGUCACUCGGCAGCGUGGGAGAGGCAGAAGGUUAUACUCAUCAGCUGUGUGAAGCAGAAACUCCUCAGGACCCUCAGGACGCUCCGGAUCUGAAGGUCUCGCUGCAGAGCAGAGCAGGAGGAGCAGGAGGAUGUAAAGCCGUGGUGUCCGGUCUGCUCUGUGGGAAACCGGUGAAAUGGGAGGUGACCUUCGAUAUCGAGCCCUACCUGAAGGGCCGAGAGCGAGAGGAGAAGGUUCACGAGGAUCUGUGGAACGAAACCUUCCAUCACCUGGCCGCUCACUCCAUUAUUCAGGACUUUGAGCAGAUGGCGGAGAAAGAGUGUGAGAUUGAACACGGUUCUGGACGCCGCUAUCAGCUGUUCGCCCUGCAGACCAGCAAAUCCUGUAACAUCCUCAGCAAAUUCACCACCUUCAUCCCCAUCGACCUCGACAGCAACGAGUACCUCCCCACCUCCGUCCUGUUCCCCCACUCCGGGGAGGAGCUGAAGAGGGGGUCUCGCUCGGGGAGCAGGAGGAGUCGGGGUUAUUCUGUAGGUUUGGGUCGAUCUCAGUCCGGACACCUCCCCGACGGAGACGAUGAACCCCCGCCGUCCCAGGAAGACGGAGCUUCACCCUGUAGCACUCCUACAUCCGCCGGGUGGGACCGGUGCACUCUCCCCGAAGCCUCUCAGAGGAGUCCGUCAGUGACCGCCGACCAAUCACAGAGAUCAGUGGAAAGCCUCUUCUCCGCCAGGUUGAGCCUCACUAGAACUCGUCUCCUGACCAAAGCGGCGCGAGGGUUCAUGUCUCGAGCUCAGAGUAAAACCAGCGACUCUGGAGGAGAAAACGACAGCGACAAUAAAGAUUACAUCACUCUGGUCUCUCUGCAGCUCUCGUGUGGAGCGUUUCUGCUGGACGGCUCUUUAUGUGAGGCGAUCAGUGUCCCCAUGGAGAAGCUGAGGUGGACGUCCCCUUUCAGCAGCCACAGGGUCAGCCUGUCCCACCUGUCCAUCAUCAGCAGCAGCAGGAGAAGUGAGAGUCUGGAGGUGCAGCACAGCAGCUCUCCCCCCCCGAGAGACGCUGAUUUCAGCUCCGAGUCGGAGGAGGCGGCGCCCCGGAGCCCCAACUCACCCGGCCCCGCCCGAAGCCCUCGAGCCGAGAGCAGCUCCUCCCUAUUGGGCGGCCCUGGCUCCUCCUCUUUAUCCACAGACCCGCCCCUUUCUCCCUGUAACUCACAGGCCGACAGUGGGCGUGGCUCUGAGUCGGAGAACACGGACACGCCCCUGCCCGUCUCGCCCGGGGGGCCGCGGCCGGGGGCCCGGGAGCCGGAGAGCAUGGUUUGGGCCACGGCCGUGGCUUUAGCCUGGCUGGAGAACAAUCUGGCGAGAUACUUCACCGAGUGGGAGCUGAUCGCCGCUAAAGCCAGCCUGUGGUUGGACCAGCAGCAGAUCCCCGAGGGGCGGGACCUGGCCGCCGUGAAGGCUGCAGCCAAUCAGCUCUUCAUCAUCCUCAGACACUGGGACGAGAACCUGCAGCUCAACAUGCUGUGCUACAACCCCAACAGCGUCUGAGCCAAUCACAGCGCCCGAUCCUGAACCCUGAACUGCUGAUCACUGCUUUAUUCUUUCACUGCAGUUCCUGUGCUGAUGAUGUGUAUAUAUAUAUAUAUAUAUAUAUAUAUAUAUAUAUAU